AUGGGAUUCACUGGCUUAAGGUUUCAGCUUCUUACAAUUUUUCCAUUUUAUAUGAAUCGGUCAAAAGCCUCCCUUACCAGUCAAAGUCGAACCCUCCCUUCAUUUUUCUGUUACAAGCGGUUCCUAACAAGCGAGAUGGCGUUGCACUUCUGUCUCUUCUCAAAAGCUAGUCCUAAUUGCCCGAUCAUAAAGUUAUUUUUCUCAAAUUAUGAGCAGUCACAAUCUCGUCGAGAUAGCAGGCAUAAAAGCUAUGUAGCAGGAUAUCGUUGUCAUAACUGCACUAUAUACAGCUUGUGUUAUUUUGUUUUCUUUGAGGUACAUAUGAUCUCCAUUGAUGCUUUGUCGAAAUUUAUCGAUCCGAGCCAGUUGAUACGAGAUCUCGGCGGCUCCUUUCCUUACGAUCAUGAUGACUGGUUAGAUACGCGUCUGGAAUUGGAACGCUGGAUUUGGCAGAUUUCGGAGGUCAUGCGAAAUUUGGAAUGUCAGCGCAGAUCAAUGGCAGAUGCACAAUUUCCUGUGGAUGUAACUACAGCAGAAUCCGCUCUGUCACAACAUUCCUCGAUAAAGAAAGCGAUUUUCUCCAUACCGAUUGACCGUCUGCAGAGUGAAUCUGACAGGAUAAGUGAACGAAUCAAUCGUGCUCAAUGUGGAAUUUCGAAUCCGGAUCUCAUGUCGUCAAUUCCACACAUGGCAAACCUUCUCACGUCAUUACGGAGUUUAAAGUUAGCGAACGAUGUCUUCAAACAGUGGGAAACACGUCGUGUGGAGCUUGAGGGAUGUUAUCAGAUGAAGCUUUUCGAGCAUGACGCUGAUGAGGUAUGGUCUCCAUUGAGAUUUUAUUGUUUGUUUUUUAUCAAGAGGACAGUAUAUUAUAGGUGUUGUUUUUGCACAAAUUAUCUCGUUUUCCAGCUGGAACGAACAAAGUUACGUUUGGAAGAAGAAUGGGCCCGUUUCCAAGAACAGCUAGUGAAACGAAAGCUCAUAUUAGGUGCUGCCGUCGCCUUUUUCAGUGCUUCAAAAUAUUUUUCACAAUUGCCGAGCUGGGUUGAUAGUCCUGGAGUCGACCCUGCUGGCAUGAGUGGAAAAACGGCUGACGUUCUAGAGGAGGCCAUUCAACAACACGAGAAGUUCUGGUCCACCGUUGAAGAGACAUAUGCAGAGGCUGUUGCUCAAGGCUCCCAGUUGACGCAAUUGCUUAAGUCAGUGGACGUUGAUGAUCCACCUUCAAAGGAUCAGAUAGGAAAGAUUACAAGAGCUCAUAAACAUCUCCUCUGCUUAUGGAAGGAAAGAAGGGUUCGACUGCAUUCAAUGUUAGCACUGAUUGCAUUCCGCACCGAUACACAGUUAGUUGUGGAAUGGCUUGAACAACACGGAGAUCCGUAUUUGACAAAGAAUACAAGCAUAGGGGAAACGGUCGAACAAGCACGUACACUGCAGAGGAAUCACAGCCAUUUUCGCCAGAUAGCAAGAAAUACAUACUCGAAUGCUAACAAGCUUUUCGAAGCCAGCAAAGCAAUUUUGGAAUCAGGGGUUUGCGAUGCAGAGAAAAUGAGAGCCAUGAUCGGCGAUUUGGAUCAACGGGUACAACAGUUCACUCAGCGUGUGGAAGCUAGGUUCAAUUUGCUCAAUCAAUCUGUUUUGUUUCACACGCAUUAUCACGAGAUCAUGGCUUGGUAUGAUGAAAUGGAGAAAAAGUAUGCAGAAAGGGUUGUNGAUUCUGAAGUUGAGGCGUGCGAACGAAGUAAGGAGCAGUGGCUAUAUGAAAGUGAUGGGACGGCUCAGGCGUAUGCUACCACGAUUGGUGAGGGAACUCAGCUUGUACGCGAGCUCGAGGUUCACUCACAACAUACUGGGAUUGAUUACACUAGCAACAUGGCAUGCAUCAAUCGCCUGAUUCGAAACAUUGAAAGUCGUAAUAGUAAAUUGUCCAACAUCUGGAACCCGCAACGUGUGCUGUUGCAAAUUGGACUUCGAUUCGCAGUGUUCGUUCGUGACAAUUGUGAAGUCUUGUCUCAAAUUCGGAGCUGGGAGGAAGACAUGCGUGGGAUGUUGGAGUCUUCAACAUUCGCUGGUAACGCAGAAAAAGUUCUUCCAUUCCACCAAGACAACACAGCUCAAGUGAAAAUGGCCGUGAAAAACAUUCGCAAGUGCGCUCAAGAGGUUUUGCAGUCAAUACACGGUAAUGGCUUUUCCGAUUUGCGGACCAGGCAAGGAAAAAGUGUUACUGACUUAAUCAGAGAGAACUUGAAAAUUCUUGAAGUGGCUGAACAUCAAGUUAUGCAGUAUGCUGCUGAGACGUCUUAUAGAAUUGAAGGAUCUCGAAAACUGGGGCGGGUAGGUUAUCGCAUAGUCUCCGUUUUUGACCGUGAAGAACGAGCUCUACAAUUGAAUAAUAUGGAUUCUGUUCGUGUUUUCUAUGAGCUUUCUAAUGAGCUCAUUCGGGAGGGAUCAACAGAUCGGUCAGCAGUAGUCGAGUUGAAUGAAAUGGUUACCGGGCGAUGGAGAAGAUUAAGCGGGUUGGCAGAAGAGCGCAACAAGCUGCUGAAAGUAAAACUAGUUCGGGUACCGGCGUUCACAACAGGUACGAUACUAGUAGCUUUCAAUAGGCGAAAAGGACUCAAUUUCUUCUUUUCCAGACUCGACAGUGAAAGAAUCAUUCGCAUGAAGUCGGAUCUACGUGAGCGGCAAUCAAAAAUUCUGGAAUUAUGGACUAAAAAGAAGAAGCAGCUGGAUCGGUGUCAGCAAUUUGUGUUAAUGGAUGCGACACGACAUGUGUUGGUUGACUGGCUUUGUGGAGAGGGUGAACGCCGUUUAACAGAAUUCAUGGGGAAGGGAGUAGCUGAUGCGGCUACGCUGGAAGAUUUCCAUACUUUCAAGCUGGCUGUAAAGGUAUUUGAUGAAACACUACAAAAUUCUUGUUUCAGUUCAGUAAGCACUACAAAAUUCCAGGUAUAUAUUGCGGAAUUCGAUUCUGCUGACGCAAAUUCAACACUUCCUCCUAUCUUGAAAGAUCGCCGCCAAGCGAUCUUUGGUAACUAUGAAAAGCUCUAUGCUUUCCACUCAGAAAAGUUCUUCCAUGAAUUAUCUAAGUACGAGGAUGAUCCAGAAGAAGUCGGAUGUUCGUUCACAGUUUGGGUGGAUUAUCUAAAUGAGCUGUAUACAGAUUAUUGUGUAAAUAUGGAGCAAAAUAACCAUGUCGUUGCGUUACCUGAAGUGAUGUCGUUUUUCGAGGUAUUAAUUAAGGAAUCCUUUAAAUGUUCUAAUGUUUUUUUUUUAUUUUCUGUCCCGGUUAUAAUAGAAGUUUUUAUGCUCUAUACGUUUCAGGAGGCCUACGAUGUCGUUAAAAGCCUGCCACGUCGUGUCAACGAUAUUAUUCACUUCAACGGUCUCGAAAAAGACAAGCUGGGUGUCGUAGGUCCGUUCGUUAUGCAAGAUCUGUUGACCGUCUGGGAACCCAGAAACUACUUCAACAAAGCGAAAGGAAAGGAUCGGCAGGUGUUCCUAUUCGAACAAGCGAUAGUAAUUGCGAAAAAAGUUGAGCUGACACCGAAGAAUGUGAAGUACAUAAUCAAGGGGAAACCAAUCCCGGUGAGGAGAAAACGAACAAAACACUUACAUCCUCUAAAGAUUAUGUGGGUGAAGCGGAUCCGCGAACUCACUCAAACCUUACUACCUCUGAUGCUAGUGAUAAUUUUUUUGUUCAUUCGAACAAGGCCGGUAUAUCUGAAUUGUUUUCAGCAGCAGCCAUCGGAACAUUGGAUCGUCAGCGCGGAUUUCGAUGACAAAGUUGCUGGGCAUUUAUGUGUUCGUAAAGGAGAGCGAGUCGAGGUAUUAUUCAGUAGUCCAUAUGGAGUAAUUCUCUGUAUAAUUCCUAGUGUUAGUUAG